GAGGAUUCCAUGAUCGGCAGGCAAAUUGGGGCUCAGUCUCCGCUUCAAAAUUAGGAUGGGAAGGACUAUAAGAGGCUGGUCCCCAAUCUUGUCCAGUAUUGAAAUCAUCCAUCCUCUUCCACUACCCAGAACCACAAUGUUCACAACUCGUAUCCUCAUCCUUCUCGCAGUGGCAUUCUUGUCAUUCAGGGCCGUCAUUGCAGCUCCGGUCUCAAGUCUCGCUCCCUCAGCUGGCUCCACGCCCUCUUCCAUCAGCCUACCAGCUGCGGCCUCCACAUCUAAUGUAGCUCCUAAGCUUUCACCUGCGUUCUGGGGACGAAUCGAAGAGCCUAAUAGAGCAGACUACACACGAUAGACUCAUUUCAAGCCCCAAAUACCCACUAUGCACAUACCCCUAUCUACAUACCCCCGCGCAUCUAGGCGCCGACAUA